AUGGACAUUUUAACAAACCGUCACUUCUUCGCGUACUCUGGCGUUUCCACGGCCUUGGUCGUGGGAAAGGUGCUCUUCACCUUUUCGGCGCACCCCACGUUUUUCUCCGCCUGCAUAGCCCUCUCUGAGGGUCUGACGCCAAUUGUCAUUGGUAAUUGGCUCCUUGUGUGUGGGCUCUCGCUAGCGAUUGUGACGCAAAAGUUUUUCUUUGGCGAGUUGCGCUUGCUCGAGCGUGAACACGUCGCAGAGCGCGCCUGGCUGACUAUCAUCUCCUCGCUUGUCGCCUUAGCAAUGUUCAGACACGAGCACAUGAUGCUUUUGUGCGGAUUGUCACUUUUGCACCUCUUUUUGGUCGUGUUCCACUGGAUCGUGGACGACCGCAUUGACUUUCUCUUUCAGCGCGCCACUGCGCUCGGCGACGUGUUGAAGACCAGAGUCGCGCUUGCCGCCCUCGUGUUGAUGGUGAGCGAUUGGCAGAUCUCCAUGUUCCUCCUCAACUACUCGUUCCAACACUCGCCGGAUAUUUGCGUGGUGUUCGGAUUCCAGGUGUUUCUCCUCUUCUUGACCAUGUCUGAGCUCACCUUGAAAUCGGUAUGCAACUUGAUCGAGAUUGUGUAUCUUGACAAGCAUCCUGACGAGGAGGUGUGGGAACUGAGAUCGGUCUACGUAAAGGUUAUCGGUAUCAUCCACUCGUUCUUCAAGCUCGUGAUUAACGCGUUGCUCUGCUACAUCUUCUAUGGGCCCUCCCGCAUGCCUAUACACUUGGGGAUGGACAUGUUUCAUUCUGUCAAGACGUUUAUCACGCAGUGCAAGGACUUCUUGGCCUACCUCCGCACGGCUAGCGAGUUGGAUGGGAUGUUGCCUGACGCCACGAUGGAGCAGUUGGCCGAUGACAACUUGUGUAUUAUCUGCCGUGAGGAUAUGACGACUGAGGGGAUCCAACGAGGUACCCGUAAUGUUCCGAAGGUGUUGCCUUGUGGGCACAUCAUCCACAUGGGCUGCUUGAAGGGCUGGAUGGAGCGGUCACAGGUGUGUCCGAUGUGCAGGCAGCCGGUUAAGAGGACAGGCGCUCCAGCGGUUCCCCAGGAGAGAGAUGAGCCAGCGGCUCCUGAACAGAGAGAUGAGCCAGGCAACGCCGAAGAGGCUGUUGCACCUCAACACUUUGAGACUCCGCCGGUGCUCACCCCUCAGAUCCUCCUGGGUGCUGGAUCCAGUCAUGAAACCUUCAAUUCUGACACCAACCCGCACUCCAUCACACUCCCUCUUCAGUCGGCCGUCAUCCCUCGGGACUGGGCCAUCAUUCCGUUGACCCAGACUGCCCCAAUGACGUACAACCUUCAUCUCACACCCACCGAAACUGCACAGUUGUCGAUACAGCGUCAGAGCGUGGCUGUGGAGCCGGCCUCGCUUAUCAAAAUACACGGUGAUUUCUCCAGUGAAAGGGAGUCGGAGUUGACAGAUGCCAGCGGUACUGAGAUAGAUCUGGCCCCACCGACUGCUCAGGAGCAGGCUCGCCAGCUCUCACGUGAUAUUGACACUAUGCGCUCCAACUUGGACGGCUUAAUGAACCAGUUAAGCGAGCUCAACGCGAAGCUAGAGUUACCGCGCGCUAGUGACUAA